AUGCAGGAUGUAGAUGAAGUUGUUGAGUCUUUGCCACCUGCUGGUUAUACCGCAUUAACCCGAGCAAAGCAGUCUAACCUGAGUAAACCUUUUCUGCGGCUUGAAGUAGAGAAGUCGAUAAAGGGAAUGGGCAGGUUUAAAGCUCCUGGACCGGAUGGCUUUCAACCGGUAUUUUAUCAGGAUUGUUGGACAACUGUUGGGGAUUCGGUGAGCAGUUUUGUUCUGAAGUUUUUUGAAACAAGUACUCUACCGUGUGGGACUAAUGAUGCAUUGGUGGUUUUGAUUCCUAAAGUGGUAUUGAAGGAGGUGAUGCCUAAGCUUAUUGGACCAGCACAGUCUAGUUUCAUUCCUGGAAGACUUAGUGCUGAUAAUAUUUUUGUAGUGCAGGAAGCAGUUCAUUCAGUGCGACGGAAGCAGGGUCGUAAAGGGUGGAUGUUGUUGAAACUUGACUUUGAGAAAGCAUAUGAUCGGAUUAGAUGGGAUUUCCUUGAGGAUACAGUUCAUGCUGCUGGUUUCUCGUCUACUUGGAUAGAGUGGAUUUUGCAAAGCGUAGAUCAUUCUGUUAAAAAGGGACGUGGUCCGAGCAUGUUUGCUUUGCAGGGUGAAAACUACCAUCUCAUUGGUUCUUUGAAACCAAAAAAUGGUGAUAAAGCAAAGUUUCAACAGCUUUAUAUAGUCGACACAGAAAAUGAAGUGGAGAACCGUAUGAAUGUCAUGAGCAAAGGCAAUGAUUCCGUGCAAGAUGUUGGGAAGAAAAAAUUCGGAAAAGAAGUUGUUGAAAUUCUACUCAAGUUGAUAAUGAUAUCAACCCUCACGUGGAAGCAUUCAGAUUUGCCAGGGAUAGAAGUAGCUGCCUUGAGUCCGGGAGAUUUUCAUGAAGAUAUGGAUAAGCGUGACAUUGUUCUCCAGAAGCAGUCAGGGAAGUUGAAAAGAAUACAUGAAUGUCAUGUAGCAUACUUAGCUCUACAAUAUCCGUUGUUGUUUUCAAGUGGAGAGGAUGGUUUCCGACUUGGUAUUAAAAAGACACCUACUAAAACUUCAAAAGGCGAAGACGACAAAGGUAUAAGUAUCAGACAAUGGUUUGCCCACAGACUUCACGAGCGGAAGAAUGAGAAACAUACCCUUUUUCGGUCUAAAAGGUUGUUUCAACAGUUCUUGGUUGAUGGAUAUACUAUGAUUGAGUCUAAUAGGCUAAGGUUUAUUAAAAAAAACCAGAAGAAGUUGCAGAGUACUAAUAUUCAGAAAGUGAAGGAAGCAUCAGUUAAUGGAAUCACUGAUCUUAGUAAUGAGGGAAAGAAGUUUGUCAUUCCGCCGUCUUUCACAGGAGGUCCAAGAUACAUGCAGCAGAUGUAUUUGGAUGCUAUGGCUACAUGUAAACAUUUUAGAUUCCCAGAUCUUUUCAUAACGUUUACAUGUAAUGCUAAAUGGCCUGAAAUUACAAGAUUUUGUAAUAAGCGCAAGUUGAGGGCAUAUGAUAGACCGGAUAUCAUCUGCAGGAUUUUCAAGAUGAAGCUGGAUAACUUGAUGGAUGAUUUAACUGUGAAGAACAUCUUUGGUAAAACAGUUUCAGAAAUACCAGAUAGAGAUAAAGAGCCAAAGCUAUAUGAAGUUGUCAAAGACUGCAUGAUACAUGGACAGUGUGGACACAUAAACCCCAAUUCACCAUGUAUGGUGAAUGGGAGAUGUUCAAAAUAUUAUCCAAAAGCAUAUGCUGAAACCACAAAAGUUGAUAAAGAAGGCUUCCCAGUCUACAGAAGAAGGAAAAGCUCAAUAAAAUACUUAUUCAAGUAUGUUCAUAAAGGUCUAGAUCGUGUAUCCGUCACCGUCGAGCCACAUAUCGCCCAAUAUGUCUCUGCUUGUGAAGCAUUCUGGAGGUCUAACAAGUAUCUCAUACAUUAUAGGUCAACAGCUGUCCAAAAACUAAGUUUCCACGAAAAGGGGAAACAGCCAGUUUAUUACAGGGAAGGUGAAACUGCAGAAGGUGUACUGAGUCGUAAAUAUUUUAGGAGGAGAGCACGACCAGGCUUUGCCAUUGGAAGAAUAAAUUAUGUGCCACAUAACAUGGAAGAUGAAUAUCAUUUGCGUGUUCUUAUAAACAGCAAACGUGGACCAACUGGAUUUGAUGACAUUAAGACUGUCAAAGGGGUAAUUCACAAAUCAUACAGAGAUGCGUGUUUUGCUUUAGGAUUGCUAGAUGAUGACAAAGAGUAUAUACAAGGUCUUAAAGAAGCAAAUUUUUGGUGUUCGGCCAAGUUCGUCUGCAGACUCUUUGUUAUAAUGCUGCUUUAUGAUAGCUUAGCAACUCCUGAUGUUGUUUGGGAGCAUAGUUGGCCUAUCUUAUCUGAGGAUAUACUUAGAAAAAGGAGAAAUGCUACGAACCGACCAGAUCUGAAUUUGAGUGAUGAUGAGAUCAUAAAAUUUACUCUUCAAGAGAUACAUAGGCUGCUUAAGAGAAAUGGGACUUCACUUAAACGAUUUAAGACUCUACCACAACUUGAUGAAGAUGAUCUACCUCAAUUUAAUCAGCUGUUAUUAGAUGAGCGUAAAUACAACAAGGAUGAUUUGAGAGAAUAG